AUGUCCGCUCCAGUUGCCCAUGACGCCGCCUGCAUUUUCUGCAAGAUCAUUAAAGCUACCACAGGCGAAAUCCCUUCCUUCAAGCUUAUUGAAACAAAAUACUCUUUCUCCUUCCUCGACAUUCAGCCAACUGCUGAGGCACAUGCGUUAGUUAUCCCCAAAUUCCAUGGCGCUAAGUUGCACAACGUGCCCGACGAAUACCUCGCCGACAUCCUGCCCGUUACUAAAAAGCUGGCACAGGCAACCGGUCUAGCGAUUGACUCGCCCGAAGGCGUCGGCUACAACGUGCUGCAGAACAAUGGCAGAAUUGCGCACCAGAUCGUCGACCACGUUCACUUUCACUUGAUCCCCAAGCGCGACGAAAAGACCGGCUUGGUCGUUGGCUGGCCCUCUCUGGAAACUGACUUCGAAAAGCUCGGCCAGUUGCACAAGGAGCUGCUUGCCAAGAUUGAGGCGCACCAGUAA